AUGGGGGUCGAGACCAAGGAGCACCGACGCCGGAUGCUGCUGCACUCGAUGGCAGCGCUGGCUCGGCGCACGAUAAACUCCGCUGCGGGCAGCAGCACUGCAACGGCGUUGCCAACGGCGGUCGCGACUGGCGGAGGCGACGCCGCCGUCCUUUCUGCAAGCUUGUCAACGUUGCCGUUGCCCCGCUCCGCGCAGCAUGACGAGCCCGAGCCGACCAAGGACCCGCCUGCGGGGCCCUGCAUCCUGCCCACUGCUCGUCAACCGCGCAUCGCGCCGCUGCGGGCGUCGCCGCCGCUCAGGAUAUCCCAGUCGUCUCCGCGACUUGUAGGCGCCUCGGUGGUCGAAAGGGGUGAAGUUGCCAAAUUCGAUGAUAAAGACGAACGCAGCGAAGACACCCGCCCUACGUCUGUUGCGAGCAGCAGCAACAGUAGCAACAACGCCAAUGCCAGUGUGCUUACCAGACGCGCGACGAGUGCUCUGGAGAGCUCAAGCGACCACACGAGCGACGAGUCCAUCAUGUACGCGGUUGCUCUGCUCCGCAAGCUCCAGCAGCAUGCCUGCGACAACGAGCGAGGAGAGGCUGCGGUGCAACGCGAGGAGCUUGACCAGAUCUUGCAUGGCUUCUCCCGUGCGCUGGAGACCGUGACCUCCACUUGGGACGAGCGGAGCGUUGAGAACACGAUGCAGAAACUCUUCGACACGCACUCGAACGUGUUCGACGAGAGCAUGCAGAACUUCUUCAUCCAGAACUUCCUCCACGAGUCGGAGAGCGCCAAGACGUUUCGUACGGCACUACGCCGGACGAGCAUGUUGCGUCGCUGUCUGCUAGCAAUGUACCAGUCCGAUAAGAGCAGCGCCGGUGGGAAGCGCAGCCACAGCAUGAGUGACGACAGAGGGACGGCCGCACGCCGCUGGAGCGAAGCAGUGGCCCGGGUCAUGAAGCAGAAGGAGGAGGAGCGCCAUCGCUUCUCCAUCGAAGUUUGCCCAGAGAUCACCAAUCCGUCCAUCGUGCUUGCUGUCAAGAACGAGAUCGCCAACGUCGACUCCUGGAACUUCGACGUGUUUGCGGGUCUAACGAAAAUCGAGCAGCACGAGGUACGCGAUUCAACCAGCAGCAUGAGAAGGCAAACCUGGACUGAUCCUUGUGCCUCCUGCUUCCACCUCCAGGUCCGGAACUUGAUCACCGACAUGGUGCUGGCGACCGACAACAGCGUACACUCCACGUACUUGGGCAAACUGGACAACCUUGUGCGAAGAUCCACCGAGGAAGGCUGGAAGGCGGCCGACCCGGACGACGACAGGCUGGUGCUGCAGAUGGCGCUGCACGCCGCGGACGUGUCCAACCCGACCAAGGCGCUGCGCACGUACCUCAUCUGGGCCGAGCGCAUCCAGCAUGAGUUCUACCAGCAGGGCGACAAGGAGCGCGAGCUGCUGCUGCCCGUGAGCAUCGGCUACGACCGCGAGCAGCCCAUCCCGCUCGAGAAGAUGCAGGCGGGCUUCAUCAUCGGCAUCGUGCGGCCGCUCUUCCUGUCGCUGAGCCACCUGCCCAGCGCGCGGCUGGACCACUGCAUGGCGCAGCUGGACGCCAACCUGGCCCACUGGCAGGCCGAGAUCAACCGCAAUCUGCCGCCCACUUUAACACCUCCUUUAAGUACGAUGCGUCAUUUCAGCCAAUCACGAGACAGGCCCGUCCCCGCCUCUCGUUUUGGCUCUGCCCGGCCCCCUGCAGUCGCUGAAGCCCAUAGGAACAACACCGCCGACAAGAUGCUGAGCCUCGUCAAGAAAGUGGCGACCGCCGCCGGUCGCCGUACCCCCGCGCAGAAGCGCCUGAUGAGCCACGGCCCGGCCCCUCCUGAGGGAAGCCUGGAGGCCAAGGUCCGCCACUACCUGCCGGAGGACUACCACAUCGUGCUGGCCACCCUGGGCGCCUACACGACGCUCAUCAUGCUGUUCAAGCUCAAGCCGUCCAAGAAGAAGGAGGAGGAGAUCGUCAUCCCCGCCAGCUCGAGCUCGACGUCGACGUCCAUCCCGUCGCUGUUCGACGAGGAGUUCGACGAGUGGUCGAAGCUGCCUGGCAACCUCGACAAGUGGGAGAAGAGCCUCGAGACCAUCGGCAACUAA